GUAGAUAACGUUUAAUGGGUGUGGUAGAAGUUGAUUGAUCGUACAUUCCAGCACAGUAGGUGGCGACAUGCACUUUAAACGUUUGUUUGCAGACCGCCAUGAUAUCAUAGAAGAAGAAGAACCAUAUGUUCAUCAUCCACAUUUUCUGGUGAUGCACUGUUCACGGUGUCAUUACUGGUAUGCCUGAAUCCUAUGCAGAAUACUUAUUUGACAUUCCAUUCGAUUUUUCUCAGACACUCAGUGCCUCUUAAUUUUCUCAUAUAGACUUUUGUUUGUAAAUUAUUUUGCACGGCUACACUUUGACAACCAGGGCAUUGUGCUGCGCAUGCGCCGUUACAGUGGGGUUUGGGUUCUGUUUACAGAAGGAAUGCUGUUGCAGAAGUAGCAAGCUAACUUGUGCAAUGUUAUGCCAACCGUCUUUGGAAUAAAACACAAUGAUGGACAAAGAAUGGACCAUUAUCAAGCACCUGUAUCGAAGCAGGGGGAAAAAUCCAUGUCAUCUAUGCACUUAAAUAGCAAAAGGAGGCCGCUUUUCCCCGUGGUUUAUUGUCAUGCCAGCCAGGUGAUUUUACUCAUUUCCCCUCCAUUCAUGCGUCUGGCUUUGUUUAGCUGUCAUGGAUGACAAGGCCUUGGUGGGGAAAAUUAGCGUGUCGUCCGACUCAGUGUCCACCCUGAACAGUGAGGACUUUGUGCUGGUGUCGCGGCUGGGGGACGACACCCCAGGCUCCUCCAUUAAUAACGGUAGCGAUGACGAAAAGACAGGACUGAAGGUGAUUUCUGAGGAAGGGGUCAGCUUUAAGAUUGUGGGAAACGGCAGUGAGCAGCAGUUGCAGAAGGAGCUGGAGGAUGUUCUGAUGGACCCCUCUGUAGCUGACCAGAUUCUGAGCGGUGGCGGUGGUGGCUGGGGAGACCAGGUGGGAGGGGGGGACCAUGUGUCCCAGCCCACCACAGCAGUACCACCCCAGUCCGUGCCCCAACCGUGCCCUGACCCCCUCAGCGACGACCUCAAGACAUGGCCAAAAGUUGAGAUGGUUCUGCCCGUCCAAUCCGCACAAGGUGCACAGGAGAGCGAGCUAAAUGAACGAUCGUACCGCGGGGAUGAGUCAUCAUCGGAGUGCAGCCCCAGUACACCCAUCCCAGACGAGGACAGUGUGGUCUUCAAUAAGCUGACCUACCUGGGCUGUGCCUCGGUCAACGCCCCCCGCAGUGAGGUGGAAGCUCUCUGCAUGAUGACCGUCCUCAGAGGGCAGUGCCAGCUACCCCUGGACGUCACCCUAUCUGUGCCCGGCGUCUCAGAGGGCACCGUCAGGUUGCUGGACCCCCAGACAAGCACAGAGAUAGCCAGUUACCCCAUCUACAAGAUCAUGUUCUGUGUGCGUGGUCAUGACGGCACGCCUGAGACUGACUGCUUUGCCUUCACAGAGAGCCACUACAACGCAGAGAUCUUCCGUAUACAUGUCUUCCGCUGUGAGAUCCAAGAGGCGGUCAGCAGGAUACUGUACAGCUUUGCCACGGCCUUUAGGCGGUCCGCCAAGAAGACGCUCCUCUCGGGCUUGGCUCCGCCCCUGACGCCAGACAGCGACGUCUUCACCUUCACCGUCAGUCUAGAGAUCAAGGAGGAUGAUGGGAAAGGGACCUUUAGCGCUGUGGCGAAAGACAAAGACAAGAACAGCUUUAAGCUGCGUCCUGGAAUGGACAAGAAGGUCUUCAUCUACGUACAGCAGACGUCCAAUAAGGAGCUGUCUAUAGAGAGGUGCUUCGGCCUACUGCUGAGCCCAGGGAAGAACGUGAAGAACAGUGACAUGCACCUGCUAGACCUGGAGUCGAUGGGGAAGUCAUCUGAUGGAAAGUCCUACAUCAUCACAGGGAGCUGGAAUCCCAACAUGCCUCAAUUCCAGGCUGUCAACGAGGAGACAGCCAAAGAUAGGUUUAUCUACAUGACGACGGCGGUGGACCUGGUGAUCACUGAGGUGGAGGAGCCGGUUCGUUUCCUGCUGGAGACCAGGGUCAGAGUCUGCUCCCCCAACGAGAGGCUCUUCUGGCCAUUCAGCAAACGCAGCUACACAGAGACUUUCUACCUGAAACUCAGACAGAUGGAACGAAAGAGGAACAAGGACACCCUGUACGAGGUGCUGAGCCUGGAGAGCGAGUUAGAGAGGGAGAGGAAGAAGACCACAGCCAGCCCCAACAUCCUGCAGUCUGCCUCCCAAGGAUCCAUGGUGCCAUCGCCCCCUGAGGAUGAUGAGGAGGAAGACAAUGACGAGCCGUUGCUGAGUGGCUCAGGAGACGUGUCAAAAGAGUGUGCUGAGAAGAUCCUGGAGACCUGGGGAGACCUGCUGUCCAAAUGGCAUCUGAACCUGUCUGUGCGUCCCAAGCAGCUCCCGGCUUUGGUGCGUAGCGGGGUCCCAGAGGCCCUCAGAGGAGAGGUGUGGCAGCUCCUGGCUGGUUGCCAUAACAACGACCACCAAGUGGAGGAGUACCGCACCCUCAUCACUAAGGAGUCUCCCCAGGACAGUGCCAUCACCAGAGACAUUAACAGGACUUUCCCAGCUCACGACUACUUCAAGGACACUGGAGGAGAUGGGCAAGACUCACUCUACAAGAUCUGCAAGGCCUACUCAGUGUAUGAUGAGGAGAUUGGUUACUGCCAGGGACAGUCUUUCCUGGCCGCUGUGCUGCUGCUGCACAUGCCUGAGGAACAGGCCUUCAGUGUUCUGGUCAAGAUCAUGUUUGACUACGGACUCAGGGACCUCUUCAAGCAGAACUUUGAGGAUCUACACUGCAAGUUCUUCCAGCUGGAGAGACUCAUGCAGGAAAACAUCCCAGACCUGUAUAACCACUUCCUGAACGUGGGUCUGGAGGCUCAUAUGUACGCCUCUCAGUGGUUCCUCACGCUCUUCACAGCCAAGUUCCCCCUCUACAUGGUGUUCCACAUCAUAGACCUGCUACUCUGUGAGGGCAUCAGUGUGAUCUUCAACGUGGCUCUGGCUCUCCUGAAGACCUCAAGGGAAGACCUGCUGGCAACAGACUUUGAGGGGGCGCUCAAGUUCUUCCGGGUCCCGGUUCCCAAACGCUACCGCUCAGAGGAGAACGCUAAGAAACUGAUGGAGCUGGCCUGCAGCAUGAAGAUCAGCCAGAAGAAGCUGAAGAAAUAUGAGAAGGAAUAUGACAGCAUGAGAGAACAGCAGGAGCAGCAGGAGGCUCCCAUUGAGAGAUAUGAGAGGGAGAACCGUCGUCUCCAGGAGGCUAACAUGCGUCUGGAGCAGGAGAAUGAUGACCUGGCCCAUGAACUGGUCAGCAGCAAAAUCGCUCUGCGCAAAGACCUGGACAACGCUGAGGAGAAAGCAGACGCUCUGAACAAGGAGCUGUUGAUGACCAAACAGAAGCUAGUGGAUUCAGAGGACGAGAAGAGACGACUAGAGGAGGAGUCUGCACAGCUGAAAGAGAUGUGCAGACGGGAGCUGGGUAAAUCAGAGUCUGAGAUAAAGAAGAAUGGUUCCAUCAUAGGAGAGUACAAACAGAUCUGCUCUCAGCUCAGUGAGCGUCUGGAGAAACAGCAGAUCGCCAACAAGGGAGAGGUGGAGAAGAUCCGGCUGAAGGUGGAGGGCUGUGAGAAGUGCUCUAUCCUCUUCAACAAGGAGGGUCGUCUAAAGGCAGUGAGGAAGAUGAAGGAGGGCAGCGAGGAAGAGACGGACGAGGAGAAGGAGGGUCUGAAGAACCAGCUCAGAGAGAUGGAGCUGGAACUGGCCCAGACCAAACUACAACUGGUGGAGGCAGAGUGCAAGAUACAGGACUUGGAGCACACCCUGGGUCUGGCCCUGAACGAGGUCCAGGCAGCCAAGAAGACCUGGUUCAACAGAACCUUAACCUCCAUCAAGACCGUGACCGGAGCACAGGGGAAGGAGACGACCUAACCUGAGACCCACCUCCUCUCCUCCUCGACCACAGACCGUUCCCUGCUGCUCCCAAACCUCGAACCGUUCCUCUCCCAGCCUCCCCCCUCCUCCCCCUGGUCAGGGGUACCAGCCACUAACUUCACCAGAGUGAACCAAACCUCACCACGACAGGAGUUUUAAAUAAGGACUGAGUUCAAAGGUACCACUGCCCCAAACUAAAUGAUAUACUUAAUUAAAAAAGAAACAGAAAAGAAAAUACUUUUCAACAUUGGUCUUUAUACUACUGAUAUUUAACAGGUAAGGAAGGAGUUGUAGAGAGUUACCUGAACUGUCCUCUCUCCAGACAUGGGAAAGACAGCGCUUCAUUAUGCUGUCCUCUCUCCAGACAUGGGAAAGACAGCGCUUCAUUAUGCUGUCCUCUCUCCAGACAUGGGAAAGACAGCGCUUCGUUUGACUGUCCUUUCUCCAGACAUGGGAAAGACAGCGCUUCAUUAUGCUGUCUUCUCUCCAGACAUGGGAAAGACAGCGCUUCAUUAUGCUGUCCUCUCUCCAGACAUGGGAAAGACAGUGCUUCAUUUGACUGUCCUCUCUCCAGACAUGGGAAAGACAGCGCUUCAUUAUGCUGUCCUCUCUCCAGACAUGGGAAAGACAGCGCUUCAUUUGACUGUCCUCUGUCCAGACAUAGGAAAGACAGCGCUUCAUUUGACUGUCCUCUGUCCAGACAUAGGAAAGACAGCGCUUCAUUAUGCUGUCCUCUCUCCAGACAUGGGAAAGACAGCGCUUCAUUUGACUGUCCUCUGUCCAGACAUGGGAAAGACAGCGCUUCAUUUGACUGUCCUCUGUCCAGACAUAGGAAAGACAGCGCUUCAUUAUGCUGUCCUCUCUCCAGACAUGGGAAAGACAGCGCUUCAUUUGACUGUCCUCUCUCCAGACAUGGGAAAGACAGCGCUUCAUUUGACUGUCCUCUCUCCAGACAUGGGAAAGACAGCGCUUCAUUUGACUGUCCUCUGUCCAGACAUGGGAAAGACAGCGCUUCAUUUGACUGUCCUCUGUCCAGACAUAGGAAAGACAGCGCUUCAUUUGACUGUCCUCUCUCCAGACAUAGGAAAGACAGCGCUUCAUUGUGCUGUCCUCUCUCCAGACAUGGGAAAGACAGCUCUUCAUUAUGCUGUCCUCUCUCCAGACAUGGGAAAGACAGCGCUUCAUUUGACUGUCCUCUCUCCAGACAUGGGAAAGACAGCGCUUCAUUAUGCUGUCCUCUCUCCAGACAUGGGAAAGACAGCGCUUCAUUAUGCUGUCCUCUCUCCAGACAUGGGAAAGACAGCGCUUCAUUAUGCUGUCCUCUCUCCAGACAUGGGAAAGACAGCGCUUCAUUAUGCUGUCCUCUCUCCAGACUACUUGCACCAACAAUAACUCCAACUGUAAUCUAGGUACUACCAGAGCUAAAUAACAGCCUCCUUCUUUUCAAACUGAGCGUUUCUCGUUUCUGAUCUAUGAUACCUUUCUUUUUCUAUAUAUGUGUGACUCUGCUUAUGAAUAAACAUGAUGAGUGAAAACUGAGCACACCAGAGUGUAUGUAUGGGUGUGUUUAUUAAUGUGUGUGUGAGUGUUAAGGGGAGUGUGAGUGUUCAUGUACAGGUAACUGCCAAAAUAAUGGAAGCGAUUAAAUGAGGGAUAGAAAGUAUUUUGAAAGCAGAUGCCUCCAUACAGGUGUGGUUCUUGAGUUAAUUAAGUAAUUAACAUCCCAUCAUUAUGGCCAUGUAUUAAAAUGCUGGACAUGUCAUUAUUUUGGCUACCAUGGCUAUACCCCCCCACAGGACACGAGUGAUCACUGAAUGGUUUUAUGAGCAUGAAAAUGAUGUCAACCAUACGCCAUGGCAGUCUGUCACCAGAUCUCAACCCAGUUGAACACUUAUGGGAGCUUCUCUAGCGGAGCCUGAGAUGGCGUUUUCCAUCAACAAAACACCAAGUGAUGGAAUUUCACUUGUAGAAUCUAUGCCCUAGGUACGUUGAAGUUGUUCUGGCUCGUGGCGCCCCAGCGCUCUAUGAAGACGCUUUAUGUUGCCAUUUCCUUUAUUUUGGCAGUUACCUGUGUGACUGAUGAUGUUUUGAGUGUGGUGUUCCUGUGAAGUUCAGCAGGAUAGGAGCUGGGUGCUGUAUAGUGGGCUGAGGGGGAGUUAUAUGAGGAAGAGUGUCUUACUGAUGAAGCCUUGACUUGAAGGUUGAGGGGAACAUGGUUAACAUUAUGUACUGGGUAACGGUAGAUAUAUAAGCAGCAGCCUUGGGUCUGUCCGGUUACUUGGUGUAACCGUAUCAAGACAGAGGCCACUAGUGGUUGGUCCUGGCGCUGUCCUCACAGUGCACUUUCUGGGUUGUCCGAGCCUGGCUGGGCUCAAAGCAUGGGAGCUCAGUGGCUGGAAUUGCAGACAGAUAGAUGGGUGUGGCCUUCCCUUGCCUCAGACUCCACCCACAGACAUAGAACAGAACCUCCCUCUUUGGGACUCCUCCCUCCACGGCUGUGUCCGACAUGGCAUACUACUGGUCUCCUAUCAAAACUAUCCUACUAUAUAGGGACUGGUGUUCCGUCCUCCUCUCUGAGACCAGCUGUUCCUCUGGCUUCUGUACUAGAAGACCCUUCAUGACCUCUGACCUCAUCAAUCAAGUUUAUGCCAUGUUAUCCUAGUCACGGACACCACUCUCCCAACAUAGACAUAGACGCGUCACAGCCAGCCACCUACCGACCUACACUACUGACAGGGAGAGAAAUGGCACACAGGUAUUGUCUGGUCGUCAAUCACAGGCUGUGUGCUUAUGUGGCAGAAUGAGUCAGUGGUCAUCAAAGGUCAGGGUUUGUCAGAGGUCAAGCUGGCAUUCUCUCUGAAAGAGUCGGGUGCACAUUGUUGAAUGUUAUGAAUAGAGCAGUCAUGAUUCCUCAUUCUACAUGUAAGAGAGACAUGUUUGUUGUUCUACAUAAUAUAUUUCUGUCUGAAUACUCCGUUAGAGGUCUCUGUCCAUAUUGGGGAAUGUCCUACUCUCUACUGACAGUCUGUGUGUGUGUGGUCGGGGUGGGGACUUUGCACCUUAACAUUCAUAUUUAUAAUGUAUGGUAUCUUUCUAAGCUUACUUAAAGGGAAAAAUUCACUCUAAACCAUUUUUUUGUAUUUUUUUCACUAGUCCACUCUUGAUACAGUCUCAAAAUGUUUUGCAUGUCAGCAUUCAAGAAGCCAAGUGUCACUUGCCACAUCAUCAAUGCGUUUUGUAGUGUAUUUUUCCUUUAAGUCUGUGAUGCCAGUGGAAGGAAGGCCUGUGUAAUGUACUGAGAACAAAGAGGUCGUUCUGUAAGGCACUGGGUUGUACAUAAGAAUGAUGAUAAUGAUUACGUUUUUAAUUUUGUAUUUCUACUGCUGUAACUCAACUAAAUAAUAAUGUUGCCUAAAAUAACAAUGAAUUGUUGUACUGUGUUACAGAUUAAUGAUGAUCAUGACCUACAUACAGUACCAGUCAACAGUAUGGAUACCUACUAAUUCCAGGGUUUUUCUUUGUUUUUACUAUUUUCUACAUUGUAGAAUAAUAGUGAAGACAUCAACACUAUGAAAUAACACAUAUGGAAUUAUGUAGUAACCAAAAAAGUGUUAAACGAGUCAAUGUAUUUUAUAUUUGAGAUUCUUCAAAGUAGCCACCCUUUACCUUGAUGACCUCUUUGCACACUCUUGGCAUUCUCUCAACCAGCUUCACCUGGAAUGCUUUUCCAGCAGUCUUAAAGGAGUUCCCACAUAUUUCUAGAAAAUAGUACAAAUAAAGAAAAACCCUGGAAUGAGUAGGUGUGUCCAUACCUUUGACUGGUACUGUAUGUUCUUUUGCUCCAAAGCUUUCCAUCGUCUUGUCAGACAAACUGCUGUCUCAUCCAUUACAUGACAAAAUGUACCUUCAUCCAUCCAACAUUUCUGAACGUGUGGAACAUUGUAGUGUGUGUUACAUUAUUGUCUAUACUUAAUGCAUUUUAAUAUAAAGAUGUGAACUCAGA